AUAAUGAUAAUAAUAAUAAUGGUAAUAAGAAGAAUAUCAAUAGUCAUAUUCCACCAGGAAUUUGUACAAUCAAUACAAAUCGUGUAAAUAUGAAUAAAUCCAGUGGAACAGUUGUGAUUUAAGUGUUACGUAUAUAUAUAUAAAUGAAGUUACUAAAAAGAUUGAAGAUGGGCUCAAUGAGAGAUUGAAGAUUUCUUAACCGGGUUUCAAAUGAAAAUUACAUCAUACACUCUUAGUAUUGAUUUAUAAUGCAUCGUUGUACAGAUUAUUUUAAAGAGUGAACCAUUUCUUUUUCUGGUGAAUUCUCUAAUAAAUGCACUUUGUAGUAAAAAAGAUAAUUAAUCAAAUAUGAUGUAGGAUAUGGCAUGAAUGUAACUUACUUACGUCUAUUACUCCUCGUGGAGAAGCAUAGGCCGCCUACCAGCAUUUCUCAUCUAAACCUGUCGUGGGCAAUCCUUUCCAGCUCCUUCCAGUUCUUAUUCAUCCUUUUCACAUCUGCUUAUAUUUCUUGACGUAAUGUGUUCUUUGGCUUUCCUCUUUCCCGCUUUUCUUAACAAUUCCAAGUUAGGGAUGGCCUCGUGAUGCAGUUUGGUGAUUUCCGUAAUGUUUGUCCUAUCUACUUCUAACAUCUUUUCUUCAUUUUCUCUUCGGUUGGAAGCUGAUUUGUUCUCUCCCACAGAAGGCUAUUGCUGAUGGUAUCCGGCCAAUGGAUGUUGAGUAUCUUGCGUAGACAACUAUUCAUAAAUACUUGUACUGCUUCGAUGAUGGUUGUAGUAGUUCUCCAAGUUUCAGCUCCGAGCAGUAGAACUGCCUUGACAUUCGUAUUGAAGAUUCUGACUUUGAUUUUGGUUGAAAGUUGUUUUGAGUACCAUAUGUCUUUCAAUUGUAGGAAUGCGACCCUUGAUUUGCCAAUCCUCGCCUUUACUUCUGCAUCUGAUCCUCUUUGUCCAUCAAUGAUGCUUCCUAGGUAAGUGGAGAAUUUCACAUCCUCCAGAGUUUCGCCAUCAAGUAUGAUUGGGUUGAUGUUCUCCAUGUUGUAUUUGAGGACCUUGGUUUUUCCCUUGUGUAUGUUGAAACCUCAUAAUGCAGAGGCUACUGCUACACUAUUUGUCUUCAUCUGCAUAUGAUAGCAUCAAUGUACGUUGACAUAAUUUGCUACAAACUACAGCGUAAAAAAGAUUAAAUGAAUAAAAUAUAUAAAGUAGAAGUUAAGUGGUGAUCUAUGAUGGUAGAAAAAGAUAGCACAGAUAAUAUAAUUGAAUUUUGAACACUUACUACCUACUUACGUCUGUUACUCCUAAUGGAGCAUAGUCCUCUGACCAGCAGUCUCCGACCCAUUCUGUCCUGAGCCUUUCUUUCUAGUUCUAUCCAAUUGUUGUUUUUUCUUCUCAUGUUUUUCUGUUUCCACUUCUCGGCGUAAUGUGUUCUUUGGCCUU